AUGAUUUCAAUAAAACAAACAGAUAAAAAUCUUAUGGAACUCCAUGUUAACAAAAUACUCUCGGUGAACAGCAUAACUGACCCCGACAAUGUCAAUGUUUUGGAUUUGAGUGUUUGCAAAUUGCAAUUGAAGCUGUUUCAAAGCGGAGAUGAAGUUAACGAAAAAGAUUUCCAUGCAAUAAAAUCAGUAAUUAAAGUUGCAAGUUCAUCUGAUGACAAAGAACUUCUUUCAAGUUUCAAAAAGUUUCUUAAAGGUUUAGUUUAA